CCGCGGCGGCCGACAACCGCCGGAUUUGAAUCGCGGCACCGCUCGGCGGCGGCGGGAUGAGUACCCCGUCGUUGCCCCCGGCCUGGCAGCUCUACCUCAAAGACCAUCGUGUCUCCACAUUUAAGAACUGGCCCUUCUUGGAGGGCUGCGCCUGCACGCCUGAGCGAAUGGCCGCGGCCGGCUUCAUCCACUGUCCCACUGAGAACGAGCCCGACUUGGCUCAGUGUUUCUUCUGCUUCAAGGAGUUGGAAGGCUGGGAGCCAGAUGACGACCCUAUAGAAGAACAUAAAAAGCAUUCAUCUGGUUGUGCUUUCCUUUCUGUCAAGAAGCAGUUUGAAGAAUUAACCCUCAGCGAAUUUUUAAAACUGGAUAAAGAAAGAGCCAAGAACAAAAUUGCAAAGGAAACCAACAAUAAGCAGAAAGAAUUUGAAGAAACUGCAAAGAAAGUCCGCUGUGCCAUUGAGCAGCUAGCUGCCUCGGAGUGACGCCAUCCCCACCGUCACUGCCCCACAGGGACACAGACACAUCCUUUCCAAGGCACAGCCCUCCGCAUUACCAGCUUUCCUCUGGGGCCUCUUAACUGUGCCUUAGGAAAGGAGAACAUCAACAUUUUGAAAUUAGAAUAUUUACCUGUAUUUUUGGGUUUUUUCUUGAAGGCAGUGCCAGGGGCUAUUUCUGUUGUACAGCUAGUGCUAAGUACAGUGACGGAUUCUCUCUUUUCUCUUUGGUAGUUUUUGCUUUAUUGAUUCCUGGACUUAGCAGGGUGAGGGGAGAAGUUUGUCCACGUGGGUAGAGCCCUUUUACAGUGACCUGUAUGGGCUUCACACUGACGACUGGCUGUCCAGCUGAGAUGUGAUGCGUGAAUGCGAUCAUUGGUCCAUUGUGACUGGACAAACAGGAUUAAGAAUGCCAUUUUAAAUUUCAUUUGCGUAAUAAUCUCCAUUUAUUGUGUGCACUUCUCAUGUUCCAGGUGCUCUGUGUUACCUCGCGUUGACAUCUGCAGGUCCUGUGACCAUACCUUUUUACCCCAUCAGGUCUGUGGUGUCUCAGCAGCUCCCUUCCUCCCAGGUGGAUUGUACAGACCCAUCCCUGCCACGCCUCUGAAAGUGCGCUGUGUGUGAGGUGUUCCUCGCCAUCCCAUCUUGUGAUUUUCAGGUUGACAAGGGGGAGCUAUGGGAUUAGACCCUAGACUCUGCCUCUGGACUUGAUCUGUGUAAGAGCCCUUUCCAUGACUGUAGCAUGAGCGGCUAGCGGGGUGGAGCGGAUGCAGAAGGACUGAUGUCUUGAGAGUAGAGCUGGCCCCUUGCUUUUGAGGUCAGCUGAAGAUACUUCUUCACCUCCAGCGGCACGUGGAAAGUUUGCAGCAUUUCUCUGUAGUAGACGAGGAGAAGGUUGUCCUCUGUGCCAGACAAGGAACUUUCUAGAAGCCUGGCUCACUGCUUCUUCCUCUGGAGUUAGCAGGGCACACAGAGGGGAUUCUUCCUGGGAAGUUUUGUGCUGGACCAGCUGUCAUCCAUGGACACAGAAGGCAGGGGUGGGAUGAAAAAUCCAAGGAAGGAGUUCCUGUUCUUAAUAUUUCUAAUACUCUUCAAAUAGCUACUUCCCAUUAAUGAUGUGGAUUGGGCAGCUGAUAAUUCCGCUGUCUUUCUAAUGUGAAUCUUCCCAAAGGAAUAAAUUAAUUUAAAAAGUGGA